GCUGGGGGCUCCCGAGGGGUGGGGGGCGCCAGGGAGCCGUCGACGACCCGGAGAUCCUCCCGGAAGGGGGUCUCAUGACAGACUCCGGAGAGGAUUCUCUGGAGCUUGAGCAGGCUCCCUCACACCACAUCAAAAAGCCAUGGGUAAUUCCAGCGCCAGAGAGGAACCUGGAGUGCAUCUUUGGGACCAGCAAGCUGUUCCAGAACCUUGAUACUAUAAAACCAAAGAUCACGGGGUUAACAGUGCCCCUCAAAGUCAGGGAGUACUACCACCGUGGCCAGCAGUGCUUGGAGCAAAGCGACUGGGAGAUGGCUGUGUUGUUCUUCUCCCGGGCCCUUCAGCUGGACUCCCGGCUGAUAGAUUUCUACGCCUUACGAGCCGAAGCCUACAUCCAGCUCUGCGACUUCUCCUCUGCCGCCCAGAACCUGAGAAGGGCCCACUCCUUCCAACCAGAGAACACGGCAUACCUGGAGCGGCUCACCUGGGUGCUUUACCUGCAGGGCCAGUGCCUGUUCGAGCAGUGUGCCUUCAUGGACGCCCUCAGCGUCUUCUCACAGGCCUCUGAGCUCCAGCCCGAGAAAGCCUGCUUCCGCUACCGAUGCAUGGCCUGUCUGCUGGCCCUCAACCGGCACCAGGAGUGCCUCGUCCUCGUCCACAAGGAGGUGAAGAGCAGCGCCAACAAUGCUGACAUCUACAUCCUGCGGGCCAGGCUCUACAACUACUUCGAGAAGCCCAGCCUCUGCUAUCGAGACCUGCACAAAGCCCUGCUAUUGGAUCCCACGCACCCGAAGGCCAAGGCACUGCUCAGGAAGAUGGUGGACCAGGCCCAGGAGGCACGGCAAGAGGCAGGGAUCUUAGCUGUUCAGGGCAAACUGCGAUACGCGCUGAAACGCAUCAACUGUGCCAUCGAGAACAACCCCCUGGACCCCAGUUUCUUCCUCUUCCGGGGCACCAUCUACCGACAGCUCGGGGAGUUUGAUACGGCUGUGGAGGACUUCUUGAAAGCUCUGGACAUGGCCGGCGACAGCGAAGGGGACACGGUGCAGCAGGCACAGCGCCAGCUGCUGCUGGCCUACAAUGACUUCGCCGUGCACUGCUACAGGCAGGGGGCCUACCAGGAGAGUGUGCUGCUGCUCAACAAGGCCAUCAAGGACGAGCAGCAGGAGAAAGGCCUCUUUAUCAACCGAGGUGAUUGCUUCUUCCAGAUGGGCAACCUGGCUUUUGCUGAAGCGGACUACAAGCAGGCGCUGGCCUUGAGCCCGCAGGACGAGGGCGCCAACCUGCGGAUGGGCCUGCUGCAGGAGAAGAGGGCCUUCUGCGAGCAGAGAAGCCGGAAGUUCGAUAAGGCAGAGUACCACUUCUCAAUGGCCAUCCAGCACAACCCCCAGAAGCCCCAGUACUACCUUUACCGGGCCAAGGUCCGGCAUCUCCUGCAGAACAUUUUGGGGGCCCGCCAGGAUGUUGUCACAGUCCUUCUUCUUGAUCCCAAGCACCCGAAGCUGCCCUCCAUGCUGAUGAGCCUCUUCCCAGGCAUGUCAAUGAAGGAGGUGCUCAGCAGCCAGGUGGCCCACCUGGCCAGGUUGCAGCUGGAUCGAGUGAUGGAGAACUUCCUAACGACCGACGUUGCUCAAGGCAUUGUGGGGCAGCUCAGGGAACGGGAGCUAGAGCGCCAGAAGGCCCGGUCCCUGUGGCAGCAGGAGGAGCCCUCCCAGGAAACCUCCGAGGAGCUGGAAGCCACGGAUAAGAAUCUGCAGACAGAGUCAGAACACCCUAAAGAAGAGACCCCGGCCUCCGAGGAGGAGGAAGAGGAGAAGCCGACACCUGGCCCGAGCAAGGUGAUGUCCCUGACUGACAGCUACCAGACCUCGUCAGGCUCCAGCUUGGCCUGCAGGGCUGUGUCCAUCUCAGAGACGGAGACGUCCACUAUCUGCCAGGAAUACAGGAGCUCCUCAGCCACCAUUGUGACAUUCUCCGACUCCUCACUGCUGAGGUCUGGAUCCUCAGACUUGGGGAACUGGGAAGACCAAUACCUGAUAGAUAGCCCCAGAAAAAGCAAGGCCACCCAGGACCAGAGCCAGAGCCCCAGCAAGAUAGAGACCUCCCAGGACCAGAGCCGGAGUCCCAGCAAGACAGAGACCUCCCAGGGCCAGAGCCGGAGUCCCAGCAAGACAGAGACCUCCCAGGGCCAGAGCCGGAGUCCCAGCAAAUCAGAGGUCACCCAGGGCCCGAGUCCCAGCAAGAUGGAGGCCACCCAGGGCGAGAGUCCCAGCAAGAUGGAGGCCACCGAGGGCCGGAGUCCCAGCAAGAUGGAGGCCUCCCAGGGCCGGAGUCCCAGCAAGACACAGGUCGCCCAGGGCCGCCGGAGUCCCAGCAAGACACAGGCCGCCCAGAGCCGCCGGAGUCCCAGCAAGACACAAGUCGCCCAGGGCCAGAGUCCCAGCAAGACACAGGUCGCCCAGGGCCGGAGUCCCAGCAAGACACAAGUCGCCCAGGGCCAGAGUCCCAGCAAGACGGAGGCCGCCCAGGGCCGGAGUCCCAGCAAGACACAAGUCGCCCAGGGCCAGAGUCCCAGCAAGACGGAGGCCGCCCAGGGCCGGAGUCCCAGCAAGACGGAGGCCGCCGAGGGCCGGAGUCCCAGCAAGACACAGGUUGCCCAGGGCCGGAGACCCAGCCAGACACACGCCGCCCAGGGCCGGAGUCCCAGCAAGACGGAGGCCACCCAGGGCCAGAGUCCCAGCAAGACGGAGGCGGUCCAGGGCCAGAGUCCCAGCCAGACACACGCCGCCCAGGGCCAGAGUCCCAGUCAGACGGAGGCCGCCCAGGGCCAGAGUCCCAGCCAGACACAGGCCAUUCAGGGCAAAAUUCGGAGGCUCCACAAGACCAAGGGGACCCAGUGCUCAAGGAAGAGGUUCAGAAAGGUCAAGGUUGCCCGAACAAGGGGUUCAGGUUGGGGACUGAUCCGAAGUUCUAGCAAGGUUUUUUAUGACUCAAGCCAGAGCCCCAGCAACACUGAACUCGCCCAGGGCCAAUGCCAGAUCCCCAGCAAGACCACAGACGCCCAGACCCAGACGCAGAGCUCAAGCCCAGAUUCCAGCAAUAGCGAAGUCACCCAGGACCUGAGCCAAAACCCCAGCAGCGUGCAGGCUAACCAGGACUCCAGCUUGAGCAGUUAAGCGUCUGUCUGAAGGCGCCACUGAGCCCCCUUGCUUCUUUCUGGGGAUUCUGCCCCCACAAACACUGGCACUCAGCAAAGCAGUUGCCUCUGGAACAAUUAGAAACCUCAGCCGAUAUCCUUCUGGUCCCGUGGCUAAGUUUAUUGUGUUUUUUCUCUUCUUUUACAAAAUUAAAAACUUUAAAAACCAGGUCUUCUCUUCACGGAGACCGAGAAGUCUCAGCCUGG